AUGCCAAUAACAAACCCCACGGAAUAUGCCCGAUUAUCAAAGACCAUAUCCCGAGCCAAAAAAUCCGGAAAAGAUAUCAGCCAAUUAUUAACCCAAAGGCAAAGUUUAAUUAGUGUUGAAGCACCAAAAAACAGAACACCAAAAAAACUUAAAACCAAAUCCCGCACGGAAAUUAAUCGCAACUAUUACCAAAAGAACAAAGAAUUUUUACAAGAGCAAGCGAUAAUUAACAAAGAGAAAAGACAAGAACGGGAGGAAGAAAAGCACGAGGAAGAUAUAAAAGAAUUAGCCGCAAAAUUUUACGGAGCCAACAGCAUUAAAGUUUUAAUGUCUUUUAAAGAAUACAUCGCAUUAAAGAAAGGGCAAAAUGGUUUGACUUAUUUUUACGAUUGCCAAAAUCAGCAAGCCCAGAGCCAAGAAAAAAUUAUCGAAAUCGCUAAAUAUCACGAGGAACGAGGCAAGAUUAAAUACCACGAGGAGGCUAAAUCAGAAGAAAGAGAGGAAGUAAUGAGCGAUUGCGGCAAUUGCUAUGAAUAUAAAAAAGUUAGCGUGGAUAGUGAAGCCGUAAGAAAAAGUGUCGCCAAGUUGCGAAACAAACAAGGUAUUAGUAAAAAGUCUGUAAUACCCGAAAUUGUAAAACCGAAAAACCGGAUGCCAGCCGAAAAAAUUAGUAAUCAGACAAUAAACGAAAUUUUGGCUAAAAUCAAACAAUUAAGCGAGCAACAAAAAAUUUUUUACCAGCAAUUAAUAAACAGCCAA